AUGACUUCCCAAGAUAGGAUCGACAUCAUCGUUGGAACGUCUAAUUUUGGCUACCCAGACAACUUCUGGGGGAGUUCGGAGUCGCACAUUAUUCAAGCCUUUCAGUUGAUGAAGAAAUAUGGUUCCAACAAACUUGACACUGCGAAGGCCUAUAUUGGAUCAGAGGCUAAGCUGGGUGCUAUGAAAGCUGGCACAAUCUUCGACUUGGACCUUGACACAAAGUGGCUUGGGGGUUACGACAGGGCUGAUGGCGCCAACACCCGACCUUACAUGCUGUCGUCAGCUAGACAAAGCAUUGAGACCCUCGCCGUCCCUCAAGUCGACGUGUUCUACCUGCACGCGCCUAUCCUUAAUACCCCCUUAGAGGAGACCCUUGCUGGGAUCAACGACGCUCACAAAGCAGGCUUAUUCCGCAGAUUGGGUCUUUCCAACUACCCUCCCAGUGAGGUUCAGCGACUUUACGACGUAGCUAAAGACAACGGUUUCGUCCUUCCAACGGUAUACCAGGGCAACUACUCCGCCGUGGCGCGAAAGCCCGAGGAAGACUUAUUUCCUGUUCUGCGAAAACUUGGAAUAUCUUUCGUUGCGUAUUCGCCGAUUGCCGGGGGAUUCCUCACCAAGACCAGAGAGCAGAUCGAGUCUGGUGGGACCAGGUUCAGCCCGGAUCAAAUGUUUGGCAUCUACCACAAGCUGUAUGUCAAAGACAGCUAUUUAUCUGCCCUUGAGGAGUGGGGGAAGAUUGCGGAGGAGGAGCAGAUCUCAAAGGCGGAAUUGGCGUACCGUUGGGUAGUGUACCACAGUAUUCUCCGGAAGGAGUAUGGCGAUGGUAUCGUGUUCGGUUCCAGCUCUUUGUCACAGAUGGAAGAGACACUCUUGGCAUGCAACAGAGGCCCUCUGACGAUUCCUGUCGUUUUCGGGGCGAUGACGAUUGGUUCACCUACUAUUGGCGGUCUCAAGGUCACCACCGUCGAAGAUGUUAAUAAUAUGUUAGAUCUUUUCCAAUCCCGCGGCCACAACGAAAUCGACACAGCUCGACUGUACGGCGGAGGGACGACCGAGACCUAUCUGGCUGACGCCAAAUGGGAAGAGCGCGGUGUCGUGAUGGGAACCAAGCUUUAUCCGAACAGCAAGACCUCUGGGGCCACUGGGCCACUUUCCUACACGCUGCGCGCUGGAGACGUCCGUCGCGGACUACUGGACAGCCUCAAGUCGCUCAACACCACCAAGAUAGAUCUCUGGUAUCUCCAUGGUCCAGAUCGCGAAACGCCACUCGAGGAAACACUGAGCGAGGUCAAUAAACUGCACAAAGAGGGACACUUCAACCGUUUCGGUAUCAGCAACUUCAUGUCGUGGGAGGUGGCGAAGAUCUGGGAGCUGUGCGACAGAAACAGUUGGAUCAAGCCGACCGUAUACCAGGGUGCUUACAACGCACUCCAUCGCGGGGUUGAGUUGGAAUUGCUCCCUUGCCUUCGCCACUACAACAUAGCCCUUUACGAGUUCCAGCCGUUGGCUGCGGGGUUCCUCACGUCCAGGCAACGUCGCAACGACUUUCAGGAAGGCUCUCGUUUCGACUCAAAACAUGCUCUGAGUGCGAUGUAUCGAAGCAGAUACGGCAGUGAUAUUGCCUUCGAUGCUUUGGAAAUCAUUCAAUCGGCUGCAACGAAACAGGGCCUCUCUGUGGCUGAAUGUGCAUUCAGAUGGCUGUCGCACCACAGCGUCUUGGACAAAGAAAAGGGAGACAAGAUCAUUAUUGGUGCAAGCAACCUGAACCAGCUGGAGGAAAAUCUCGACAACUUGGAGAAAGGACCGCUGCCAGAGGAUGUAGUGAAGGCAAUGGAGGAAGCUUGGAUCGCUUACAAGGCCGUCGUCCCGAAGUAUUUCCACUAA